CAUGGCAAGAGGACCAUAAAUUCUCUACAGAGCUUCACACAGCUUAAUUUAGAUCCUGCAUCAGCUGAAGAGCUAGUGACUUUUGUAUCUGUCUCAUCUGGUAAAUUGUUUGCUGCCAGUACACAUUAGUUCUUUUUGCUUCUGGUCUCUUGUAUAUUGAACAUAACAAUUAAACUGUAGUUGCUACAAUGUCUCAGCAUAGCCAAGAUUCUUCUGACCUUGAUGAAUUGUUUGAGGAUAUCGAUGAAGAUGAAAUUUUGGCAAAAUUGUCUCCCGAAGAACUUCGAGAGCUUCAGAGUGAAAUGGAGGUCCUAGCACCUGAUCCGAAAGUACCUGUUGGGAUGAUACAGAAGGACCAGACGGAAAAAGUGCCAACGGGACAGUUUGAUCAUAGAUCACUUAUUGGUUAUCUGCAUUGGGAGAAGGAAUCUACUCGAAUGUUGGAAGAAGAACGGGUUCCCGUAACACUAUUACCAUCUGAGAGAAAUAUAGCAAAGGCCGAGACAGAACAAGCAAUAAGCCAAGAAGACAAUGAAGAGAAACAAGAUGUGCUAGAAACACUACUGGUCAAUAAAACUGAAGAGCAAGAAGAACAGAUAGAAGAAACAAUCACAAAUCAGACCAAAGAUGAUCAAGAAAUAUCACAAACAAGCAACAGUUCAGACCAGGAACCAGAAAGCACGUGUAAUACCGAAGUUCUUGAGCAAAACUGUGAAAGUCCUCCAGCCCCUAUAGAGGAUGAAGACUCUUCUAACACAAUCACAAGAAAGCCAUGCUCAGAGCCUAGCACCAAUGGAAUUGAGAUAGCAGAUGACAUUUCAGAUUCUCUUGACAAAAGUGAUGAUAAAAAGCCUGUCGAGAAGGUGUCCAAAUUGAAUAUCCCAAAGAAGUUGGCAGUUGAUGCUAGCUUUAUUAAGAUGAGCGCAAGGCCAUCAGGUAAUCAAACCAAUUUAGAUAGGACAUUGCAUAACAUACGAGAAAACAACCCAGACAUAAAAGAAGUCAAUUUGAAUAAUAUUGAGAAUAUACCCAAGGAAAUGCUAGUUAACUACGUCAAUGCCCUGAAGAAAAACAAGCACGUAAAAAUGUUCAGCAUGACAAACGUUGGUGCAGACGACAGCGUGGCAUUUGCUCUGGCAAACAUGUUGCGGGAAAAUAGAAGCAUUGCAACAUUAAAUAUUGAGUCUAACUUCAUCUCAGGCAAAGGGAUUAUAGCCAUCAUAAGAUGUCUGCAGUUUAAUGAGUACUUAACAGAGCUGAGAUUCCACAAUCAAAGACACAUGCUUGGCCACCAUGCAGAGAUGGAGAUUUCAAGACUUUUGAAAGCCAACCAUACUCUUUUGAAAAUGGGAUAUCAUUUUGAGCUACCAGGUCCUAGAAUGGUUGUUACCAACUUGCUUACCAGAAAUUUAGACAAACAAAGGCAGAAGAGGAAGGAAGUGCAAAAAAAACAGCAGAAACAAGAUCAAGAAGAGAUCAUAUCUUUGCUGGAGAAUGGUUUUGUAGAUAUUCCACCAGAACUAUGGGAGAUGUUAGGUAGACCUCUCCCCAGUGCGCAAAUGGAAACAAUUCCAGAGGAGCCAAACCCUCCGGUAUUACAAAGUAUAAGACUAAGAAAAAAUAACGAAAAUACUAUGAAGAUCCCAGAAAGCCAGAGUCAACCUGCACAGCCUCCACCUUUCCAAGCUGUGAAGUUAAAGAAGCCACAAACCAAAUCCAUAGCUCAAAAGUUACGGGAGCAAGAGGAGAAAACCAGCCUCCGAGACAUGAUACAACUCAGAAGAGCAAGACCCAAAUCUAGUACAUCAGAAAAUUCGCAAACGUCUGAGAAAACAAAUCUCAAAGAUGUAAUAAAGACCCUUAAACCCGUGCCCAGGAAUCGUCCACCUCCUCUUGUAAAUCUCACUCCCAGAGAUGAACUUCUCAAAGAUAUCCGUCAGAGUAAUGUGGCAUAUCUUAAAGCGGUACCGUUACCUAAAGAGUUGGAGUAAAAGGAAAUCUGAACAUAAAAUAAGUUCUGAAAAUGAGACUGUUCAAUUAUUACUUUUAAAUAACUUCUGAGAAGAAAUGGAAAAUUGUAGUUGCAGUUGUAUGGGAUCAAAAUAGCACAUAUUUGUAUGAAAGCAAAAAAUAAAUUCUGUGUAUUGAAAGACUAA